AUGUUUAUUGUCAAUUCAAUUGCAAUAUAUCGGUAUCGUCAAUGUAUGAAGCUGUAUACAUCUGGAGCUAUUAAAGUACGCUUUGAGAACAACGAAAAUGAUGUUACUGCUGCGAAUAAUACAACACGACGAACGUUGAUUAGCAGAAAAAUUCAUACACGUAACAGCGUACAACGGAAAGCAAAUAACAAAUGUAAAGUGCGAUACUCUGAUCUUCGUCUAAGUUUUUCUGUAAUUGUGGCAACCAGUCCCCAUAUGAAGAAACAAAUGAAACCGGCAGCAUUAAGGCUACUGGAAUGUUACUGCUUUAAGUCGGCUGUAGAACGUGACAUGGAAAUGGUGAUAGCCCAAAUUCAGUGUGUUGUUAUUGCUUGUUGA